GCAAGAGUGAAGACUAACUUUUUUCAAUUAAAGAAGUUGAAAUAAAAAUGAGAUUGCUGUCAGCUGUGCUUGCCACAACUUUUGUGACAAGCCUUUGUGCUGUCAACCCAUACGAUCCUGGCAUUUGCACCGAAGAAAAACGAGGAAAGUUUGUGGUUGUGAAAGAUUACAAUGAUGAUGAUAAAAUCCUGGGUUGUGUUCAACACGAUGGAAAAUAUCAAUGGGAAAUGAUCAAUGGUCACUCGUAUGGAAACUAUUUUGAUCCGGCAAAAGAUUGUUCUGGUGUUGUUGACAAUGUUCCAAAAGCGAAAAGUGGAGUUUACUGGAUCCAGACACGAAAUGGUCCGCAAAAGUCAUGGUGCGAUGUUGAAACAGACGGUGGAGGAUUCUUGUUGAUUGGCGUCAAAGACACACCAGAAACCUGGGCUAUUCCUUCCAACGCUUCUUUCAUCCACCCCCACGGUAAGCCAAGGUGGUCAAGUGCAUUUGGUGAGCAAGAAAUCUUGGAUUUCCGAGUUCAAAUUUCCAUGUCAGAAGAUUUUCGCGAUACACGAGCACACUGGUAUUAUCGUUUCAAAUCCCCUCGCAAGCUCUCGAAAUUGCUAAUGUCCAACAAAGGAGGAUGCAGUCAUCGAUACCCAGGAAUUGGUAAAGUUGCCUUCGUUAAAGACCUCGUGACUGGAAAGAUACAAACCAAAAACUUCAAAUGUUCGCGAUUUGGAGCUUCAAUUGCGCCUGGACUAGGAUGGAAUAAGAUGAACCGAUGUUUUAAGCAACCUUGUCAAAAGGGUUUUGCCUAUAUUUCUAAUUAUCAUGUCGAUACAUCAGGCUCGUACAGCUACAGUGUUGUGUCUGAACGUUCCGGAAUUCGGGACAAUCAAACAUCAUUCAUUGGCUGCGAUCACGGAGAGUGUUGUGCUUGUUUUGGUCCUGACAGUAAGAAGGAUUACUGCGCUCCAAGAUGUCAAGCAAUCAAUGGCGGGACGGUUUUGAAGAAAGAGGACAAUAUCACAGUUUGGUUUUGGAUUCGUUCCUCUUUACCAAAACGUGUUUGGAAAAAAUGCAUGGAGUUUAAAGAAAGAAACAAUGCAGGGAAAUUGGAAACAUGGCGUGUGGAAGACGGAGUAAAGAGAGAGGGCCCGUGUUCGCAUGACGAUGAUGUCACAAUCAACGAUGGGGUUGCUGUGGUUCCUGAUGAUCGAGCAAUGAAAGAACUUCCAAAGAUAGAAGGUCUUCUCUCCUAUAGCUCUGAUGACCAAAAGAUUUACCUCAAAGAAAGAUCUCGGUGGAAAGCUUUGGCAACUCAGCAAAAGAUCCUAGAUGUUGCUGGUAGACUUACAAAUUUCAAGCAAGAGUUCAAAAACGAAUUAACAAACGUGAAAAAAGAUGUGAAGGUGCUGACUCAUGGAUCGUGCAAAAAAAUAUUGAUGGGACAAGGGAACCCUAGUAAUGGUGUUUACCAAAUCAGCGUUGGACGAAAUCAAGUGAUGAACGUCUAUUGUCAGAUGUCGUCAGUCUCAGGUUGCUCUGGUGGAGGAUGGACGAUGGUUAUGAAAAUCGAUGGGAGCAAGAGUACUUUCGGAUACAGUUCCAGUUAUUGGUCGAACAAGAACACUUACAAUGACAAUUACAAUGGAAGAAACGGAGGUUUUGACGGCCGAGAGUAUAAAGGAUCAACAUAUUGGAAAACUUCAUUCAAAGAAAUUUGUGUCGCGAUGAAAUAUGGUGGUCAACUCAGAGCCCUCUCUUUCUCGUAUCCAGCAUCGUCCUUGUAUGAUCUGUUCGCUGACGGUAAUUAUCGACAUAUUCACAUCGGUCGCUCUCAAUGGAAACAGCUCAUCCAUGGAUCAUCUUUACAGCGUAAUUGCAAUAAAGAAGGAUUCAACGUGAUACAUGGCAACUAUGGUGUAAAGAUUCGGUUAGGAAUCAUUGCGAACCAGGAAAAUGACUGCGACACCCCUGACUCUUUCCUAGGCCUGGGUGCCAAUGAACGGGUUAGGUUUUGUGGCUUCCGUGAACCUUUUCGUAACGCCGCUGGCAAUGUUGCUACGUGUUCAUCAGACAACGGAAACAAGAAUAUUAAAGGAAUGGGAUACAUACUGGUCCGUUAACUAAACAAACUUAAGCUCGGAUUUGAUUAAUAACUUUGGUCAAUGGCAAAUAUAACUGAUUUUUUAUCAUAACUAUAGUAUAGCAGUAAAAGCUUGUUAUUCUCGCACUGAAUUUAGCAUUUUGAUUCCUUUUUUUUUCUAAAUCUUUAGUUCAUAUAGCCUGGGACAUCGUUUUCACCUGCACGCAUAAUCUCAUCUUGUAACUUGAGGAUAAAACUGAAAUAUUAAUACCAUGUUUAUCUUGCCCCAAAAAUAUUGACUUGGAAAUAAACAACCUU